GAAGUUUGCGUAACGGAAAUUCGUGGAUUUUUUUUAUAGAAAAACAUGCGUCCGGGUUAUUUCCUGUUGUUCGCAGCCGCGGCUUUUCUGGGUAUUCCAGGAACGACGGAAGGUCAAAAUUCUCCCGACAGACCCGUUCUAAAAGUGGCAACACUGCUGGAAGAGCCUUUCAUAAUGAAGAACACAGAAAACCCAGAAGCCACGGGAAACGACCAAUUCGUCGGGUUCAUCAAGGAUUUCUUGGACGAGAUCAUGGAUAUAGCCAAGUUUAAUUACUCCUUGUACUUGACUCCCGACGGACGUUGGGGGGGUCAAAAUAAGGACACAUUGGAAUGGUUUGGCAUGUUUGGAGAAGUCGGCAAGGGUAAAGCGCAAAUGGCAGCUGGGUCUCUUACUGUGACUUCAGGUCGACACAUGGCACUGGAUUUAACGAAGCCGUUCAUGUUUACAGGACUUUCCCUUCUACACAAGCGACCAGCGUUGGAGACAGGGGGCGGGCCAGCUUUUGUCACAGUCCUUACCCCGGGGGCAUGGAUGUCUCUCGUCGGCAUAUACUUAUUCGUCUCGGUCAUGUUUUGGUUGAUUGCGAGAUGUGCACCGACUGAACGCAGGCGCUACGACGACGACGACGUGGAUGAGCAUGUGUACAGCAUUCGCAACAGUCUCUGGUACACCAUUGGCGCCUUUGUGCUUCGCGGCAACGAAGCAAAUCCGAAGGCAAUUUCCGUAAGGUUGCUGACAUUCUUCUGGUGGAUCUUUUCCAUUGUCCUGGUUGCAAUCUAUGUGAGCAUGGUCGCUGAAAAAUACACCACUCUUCACUACGCCACACGCAUUAAAACCUGGAAAGACAUGAUUAACCAAGAUUACGUGCAGGUCGGUUUAGUACGAGGGGGAAGCACUGAGUCCUUCUUCAAGUCGAGUACGGUCCCAGAAAUCAAGCUGAUGUGGGAAAAAAUGCAGAAGCAUCCGGACUGGCUCGCAACUUCCUUGGCGGACGGGAUCCAACGAGUUCGAGAUGGCAACGGGCGCUACGCUUUUUUCGCGGAAACCCUGUCAGUGGAUUAUCUCAUUCAUCGCGAAUGCGAUUUGGUCAAAAUUGGACCGGAAUUGGGGCAGAGAAGCUACGGAUUUGCUCUGCAAAAGAAGUCCUUGUACACGCAUGCCAUCAGUGCUGCGAUCCUGCGACUGCAAGAACAAGGCGCCGUUCAAGCACUGUACACCAAGUGGUGGCAUGAUACAACUUCUGAAAACUGUGACCGGAAGUCGGACGAGGACAGACGGGUUGAUGCCAUUGAUGCUGGACACCUCAGAGGAAUAUUCGUACCAGUUAUCAUCGUGGCUUUCUUGGCAAUGUUCGUGGCACUAGUGGAACUGGUGUGGACGUGUAUUUGGCGAGGAGAUUUGUCAAAGUCGCCUCUCCGCUCGUCGUUACCUUUCUCGAGCGUCAGCCGAGACUCUUUCCGAGUCUCCGGCUUGGACCCCACCAAGUUCUCGUCAGUCUGA